GUUAAAACUUGAGGAAGCCAAAGAAGUUCAGAGCCUCAGAAGGCGACCCAAUGGGGUGAGUGCUGUAGCUCUGCUUGUGGGAGAGAAGCUGCAGGAAGAAGCAACACUUGUGGAUGAUCCAUUUAAGAUAAAAUCGGGGGGAAUGGUGGACAUGAAGAAGCUGAAAGAACGAGGCAAGGACAGGAUUAAUGAAGAGGAAGAUCUGAACUUGGGAACCUCCUUCUCAGCUGAAACCAACAGACGGGAUGAAGAUGCUGACAUGAUGAAGUACAUUGAGACUGAGUUGAAGAAGAGAAAGGGAAUUGUAGAGAAUGAGGAGCAGAAGGUGAAGCUUAAGAAUGCCGAAGAUUCUCUCUAUGAGUUGCCAGAGAACAUCCGUGUCUCCUCUGCCAAGAAGACUGAGGAGAUGCUGUCCAACCAAAUGCUCAGCGGUAUUCCUGAAGUGGACCUGGGAAUUGAUGCAAAAAUAAAAAACAUCAUCUCAACUGAAGAGGCCAAGGCCAAGCUGCUGGCAGAGCAGCAGAACAAAAAGAAAGACAGUGAAACUUCCUUUGUCCCCACCAACAUGGCUGUUAACUAUGUUCAGCACAACCGAUUUUAUCAUGAGGAGCUAAAUGCACCAGUGCGAAGGAACAAAGAAGAGCCAAAGCCCCGUCCACUGAGAGUGGGGGAUACAGAGAGGCCAGAACCUGAACGAUCUCCUCCAAAUCGCAAACGACCACUCAAUGAAAAAGCAACAGAUGAUUAUCACUAUGAGAAGUUCAAGAAGAUGAAUAGGCGAUACUGAUGAACGUGGA